UUACUUCUGUUAGUUCGGCGCUUCGCCACGGCCGUCAUUCGGUGGGGCUUUGCUCAUAUUCAUAUGAUUCACCAUCGUUCAGCGUGUUUUGCACGGUCAUAGAAGUUUCUCUUGGGGAUAUGUGACACGUAUCACAUGAGCAGAGAAAGCAUCGAGCAUGCUUCCAGGCAUAGGAGUUUUUGGAACUGGCAAAGCCGUUCGCGUUCUGGUGUCAUGUUUACGCACUCGCGGUUUCAAGGUGGAGGCGAUUUGGGGCCGUACCAUUGAAGAUGCUCGAGAGCUUGCCCAGGAGCUAGAUAUCCCAUUCUAUACAAGCAAGGAAGAUGAAGUACUGCUACGAAAGAGUGUAGACUUGGUAUGCAUACUGUGUUCGCCGCACUUGCAUGCUCAAAUCGCCGUAAAAGCUCUGGGUAUUGGGAAACACGUCCUAUGCGAUCGCCCUGCUGGGCUCACACAGACUGAGGUUCUCAAGAUGGUUAAAGCGGCACAGUAUUAUCCUACCCUUAUUUCCAUCCUGUGUCACAGUCUGCGAUUUCUUCCAGCUUACGUGCACAUGAAACGCCAAAUACAGGACGGCUACGUUGGUAAAGUGCAGAUAAUAGAAGCUCGCGUUAACUGCGGAACGCUGCUGCAUGAUCGAUAUGACUGGACUAGUGAAGACCUCAUGGGUGGUGGGGUCCUCAACACGUUGGGCAGCCACGUAAUUGACAUUGCGGCAUUUGUAACUGGGCUUCGCGCGUCACGUGCGCAUGGGCUUGUACGGACUUUUACAAAAACCACGGAUACUGUGCGCGGCAUCCGUCAAGUAAGUAGCGAUGACUUCUGCACCUUUCAGCUGGAACUACCCGAUGGUGCGUGUGCUACGGUUACACUAAACAGUCACUGCAGCGGCCAGUUUACGCAAGAACUUCUUGUGUGCGGCAGUAAAGGCAACCUUGUCGUGCGUAGCGGGGACUUGCAUGGUCAGAAACGUGGCGGUAAAGAUGAAGUGCUGUAUUUGGACGUUGAAGACCUGAAUCAGAAACCUGACAGUGGUGUACCCAAACCACACGUUAAGGGCCUCGUUAAGAUGGUGGGCGCCCUGAGGGAUGCUUUUGCUGGCCGUGGCAGUGGCCAAGUAUGGGGCAAGGAGCCUGUGAGCAGCGCAGCCACAUUCGAGGAUGGUCUCUACAUCCAGGCAGUCAUUGACGCUGUACGGCAGUCUUCUAAGACUCGGGAAUGGGUCCAAGUUGAACUUCUCCAAGAUGAUGCUAAAUGUCGGAGCAACUUCUAUCACUUACAUAGAAUGGACAGUGGACAAAUGUAGUUUGUUCACUGCACUUGUACUUAAGUAAUUUAUUGACCAUGUUGCUGCCUUUCGAAAGUUUUGCAAGUUGCUUGUUUGCCAUGAAGUGUACUUGAAAAGAAAUGAGGGUAGAUCAUCCUGUAGAUCAGGAUAAGCAUGGGUGAUGUCAAUUGUAUGUGUCUUGCAUCAUGGCCGAUACAUAGGCAGCUGGUACUGUAUCUAAGAUUAGCUUUGCUUAUGAUAUACAUGUUACAGAUUUAUAUUAAGGAUUUGAGAAGCUUUGUCAACAUGGCUAUAUCUGAAGUAUGAAAUGUUGUGUCCAGAGAAAGGGCACUGUGCCACAUAUAGUAUAUUGAAAUUGGCUUUGCAGCACAUUGGUUGUUUUUGUCUGUUACACUGUUGCAUUGAUGAAGAGGAGAUUGAAGUACCUUUUGGAUGCCUUUUAGGUUGUGCAAACUAGCUUAUUUACCUGCACUUGCAAAAGUACUGAAAUGGUGCUCCACAUAUACAUGUUGCUGAACAGCAGCUAUGGUGAUCUCUGUGUGCUGCUUGAUUCUCAUAGUCUAGUAAUGUACCUGACCAGAUCUAUGAUAUCCAGUCUAGUCUUAUGCUGAUGUUUGUUUAUCGCACUUUCAUCCGAUUCUGCAGAAUGCUUUUGCAAGUUCACAGUAUUGCAUACAGUGUCAGUGCCACCCUUGCUCAAUAUCUCAUUUUGUAUUGCAUUUAAACGACGCUUUACCCUUGCAUUUAUUUCUUUGGCCUAGCAUGUUGUUUGUCAUUUGAGAUAUGAAUAUAGUUUAUUUCUCAAAUGGGGGGGGGGGGGGGGUAUGCAGUGAUGCUGUAACACAAGCCACACACGGUCCAUCUUACUGGUCGUAGCAUCACUUGUGUUCAGCUGAACUUUCUGAGCUGCCAGUUUGAAAACUAUGCCUGUACCGCAAACUGCCUGUACCACAUGUCUUAAUUUUUUCUGAAGGGUCAGGACUGUGAUUCAUCCCUUUGCAUCAUGUCAGUUUUGUGUGGCAUAUACUUAAAGGGUUGUAACAGUUAUACAUUUUUUUCCUCUUCUCUCUCUCUCUCUCUCUCUCUCUCUCUCUCUCUCUCUCUCUCUCUCUCUCUUUUUUUCUUUUUUUUUUGGUCAUGUCAAAGGGGGUCUGUAUUGACUUUGUUUUGUGUGUGGCACCUUCCACUGUUUUCAACAACUACAUUUCUAUGUUUGUGACAUUUAUUUUUGCACGAAUUUGGAUUCUUUCUGCAUUUCCCCAUAAAUGGAAAUAUAAAAGCCCUACUUUGUGUGCUUUUGGAUACAUCACAAUUAUUUUAUGACGUAUGCUUCCGAAGAAAUCGAUUGAACAAGUA